AAAAGCAAUAAAAAAAGUAACAAAAGUCUAGAAAGAAAGAGAAACACAUAUCCAGCGAAAAAGAGUUAAAGUACAAAGCUCCAUCAACGGAAAAAAGAAAGAGAAGAAGAAAAAAAAAAAGAAGAAAGAAGAAGAAGCAGCAGCAGCAGAAGACGAAGAUACGUAUUACUGUAAUUUGUGUUUUUGUUUUUUUGAUCUGAUAUAGUUUGUGUUUACUGUUUAUUUGCUGAGCAAGUGUGGAGUUUGUUUUGGCGCAGACCCUGCUUCGUUGUGUUAUUCUCUGGUUCUUUUUUUUUUUUUUUUCUUACAAAUCCCUUUGUUCAAGUCCGAUCUUUGUUCUUCUUCGUGUUCUUUCAUUUCUUUUAAAUCUGAUCAUAACUUCAUACCGGUGUAUUGGCCAAAAUUCACCACGGUGAAGAGGUGUUUUAUACUGUUUUCGUUGUAUGUAUCUUUUCCCUCAUAUGGGGUGGAUCUUAUAAGACCUCACAUGAGAGUAGACCCACACUUACGAUGUCCACUCCCAUUUAAGAAGAAGAUACAUGCGACAGAAACAGCAUUAAUUUUCUCUUAUAUAUAUAUAUAUAUCAUUGUCCUCAACUUCCAAAAGCAAUAUAUUCUUGUAAUCGAUAAGCCAAAUCAAGCAAAAAGUUCAAGGAAACCCAAAAAGCCAUGACCAAAUUCGAGGUGGUUCUGAUUGCAACUCCUGCGUUUGGAAACUUUGUUCCCAUUGUUGAGUUUGCUCAACGCCUAAUCGAUCAUGACCCUCGAUUUUCUGCAACAAUCUUGAUCAUCACUAUGCCUGGACAACCGCUUCUCGACACGUGCAUCGAAUCACGCGUGGCCACGUCAGCUACCAAUAUCAAAUUUGUCCACCUCCCUAUUGUGGACCAUCCCUCACCCGAUCAAUCCCAAAGUUUCGUAGCCCACGUGUCGUCACUUGUUGAAAAACAAAAAUCCAAUGUAAGACAAGCAAUCACAAACCUCAUGGGAACCGAGUUGGACUCAGACUCAGAGUCCAACUCAGUUCCACAACUUGCUGGGUUAUUCGUCGACAUGUUUUGUACUUCGAUCAUUGAUGUUGCUAAAGAGCUUGACAUUCCUUGCUACCUUUACUUUGCCUCUCCAGCUUCGUUUCUCAGCUUCAUGCUUCAUCUUCCUAUCCUUGACACCCAACUCACCAUUACUGAGUUGGCCGAGUUGGAUACUGAGUUGGUCAUCCCUGGUUUUGUUAACCCUGUUCCUCCAAGCAUGUUGCCUCCAUCAUCGUUGAAGAGAGAUGGGUGCUCUUGCCUUUUGUACCAUGGACGUAGGUACCUUGAAACAAAGGGUAUUAUUAUAAACACACUUCAAGAGCUUGAGCCUCAUACACUUAACUCGUUCUCCACAAGUCAAAUGCCACGAGUUUAUCCUAUUGGGCCUGUUCUUGACCUUGCUGGCCCGGCCCAAUGGCACCCAGACCAAGCCCAUCACCAAAAUAUUCUGAACUGGCUUGAUGACCAACCUCUAUCAUCAGUGGUGUUCUUAUGCUUUGGUAGCAUGGGAAGCUUUGAUGUGCAGCAAGUGAGAGAAAUAGCCCAUGGACUUGAACGGGCGGGGGUUCGAUUCUUAUGGUCAUUACGUGAGAAACCAAAAGCCCAAUUAACUCUUCCAAAUGAUUACACAAGUCUUGAGGAGGUUUUGCCAAAUGGAUUCUUGGAACGAACAGUUGGGAUUGGUUUGGUGUGUGGAUGGGUCUCGCAAGUGUCAAUCUUAGCCCACAAAGCAAUCGGAGGAUUCGUGUCACAUUGUGGUUGGAACUCAAUUUUGGAGAGCUUGUGGCACGCUGUACCAAUUGCCACAUGGCCAAUUUAUGCUGAGCAACAAAUGAAUGCGUUUAUGAUGGUUAAGGAAUUGGGUUUAGCUGUGGAAAUUAGAUUAGAUUACAAGAUGGGAAGUAGAAUGGUGUUGGCAGAGGAGGUAGAAGAAGGGAUAAAGAGUCUCAUGGUUGGUGAUAGUGAGGUGAGGAAAAAGGUGAAAGAGAUGAGCCAAAAAGUCAAGAUGGCUGUUAGGGAAAAUGGAUCAUCAUGUACGUCACUAGGAACUCUGAUUGAUGAAUUAGCAAACGGAGUGUAAAGAUACAAAGAUGGACCACUUUAUAUUUUAAUGCAAUAAUGCUAGUGAAAUAAAUUGAGUUGCAAUUAUUUUU